AUGUCAACCCCUCAGAUCAUCCAGGGACUCUCGUCCGCUGGAUCCACCCUUGGUGCAUACUCCAGACAGCAGCUGGCGACUUUGCGCAACCGCUUCCUCAACACAGAGAAGCGAAGAACAAGAUACCAGCUCGUUCAGACAUCCUUUAGCGUUCACCGACCAGUCUGGAUUGCCGCGGGUGGUGCGGCCUAUACAACCAUGGGCGCCGUCUAUCUGACCCUACGCUACAUGCGACACUUAAAGUAG